AUGGGUCGGAAAACCAAGCAAAAGUCAUGCUUCGCGUGUGUCGAGACCAAGCGCCGCUGCGACAAGCGAUAUCCCUCAUGCUCUCGCUGUCUCGAUCGAGAGUCGGUCUGCACUUAUCCUUCUUUGCCAAGACGACAACCUCUCGACUUGAUGGAAGCUGAUACUGCUCCAGCGAUGGGUCUUGGAGACAUGUGGACCUCUGCGGCUGAUGCAAAUAGUCUGGCGUUGGUUGGGGAAAUGCCCGAGCCAUGGCUUCUCGAUCCUGUGUUCAGCGCCAAUCUGAAUUGUCCGUCGAUCUCGUCAUGGACGCCCUCAUUAUCAGAUCCAUCAUCACUACCAGCUUCAACCUCGAGUGGAAUACCUGAGCCUUCCGGCCAGCUGAUGCAUGCAUCCCGGGAUUUGGGCUGGUUUCUUGGACCUCAAUCAUGGGUUAUAGGAUAUCAUUACAACGCCCCGGAUGUGAUGCCUUCGGCUUCCGUGUUCACUAAUUUCAUCCGCGGCUUACAGAACUGGUUAUCCCGGUUUGCCAAAACUGGUCACAACCCCUUCAUACACCGACAUCUCUAUUCAGACUCCGGAUAUCCACAAUGCAUUCAAGAUGCAUACUCUGCAUGUGUUAUCUCCGGCGCUGCUAGUAGCGAGAAUGAAACCAUCGUCAAUGCAAUCUCGGCUACACACAUCACAAAUCUACUAAACGCUCAGCCCGCCAGAUGUGCCAGUAUCAUCUCCACCAGGGACCAUCUAGCCCGCACCCAAGCCCUUCUCAUCCACAUCCUCCUCGCACUAUUUUCCUCCUCGAUUGAGCGUCGGGCAAGGGGAGAGAAUCUCAUCAGCCUUCUUCACGCGUGGAAGAAUCAGCUAUGGGAGUCUGCAACACAUGAUAGUACACUUGCUUCACCACUACCGAUCUUAGCGACUUCCAGCGGAACAGCUGUUGGUGAACUGGACCCUAUCCCCGGUCUUUACCGUUCCUUUGUCCUCUCCGAAUCCAUCCGUCGUACCGGGCUACUGUGUAACAUUGCCACUGGUGUAUAUAGCGGUUUGAAAGGCAGCAACAUACAGUCAUGCGGGGGCGACAUCCAUAUCACGACACAAGCCAGGUUCUGGGAGGCAUCUUCCUCUGCACGCUGGGAGGCCGUUGCGCGACAGACUAAUCCAUUAUUUAUUUACACUCUAAAGGGACAGAUGCUAGUAGAACAGGGCGUUGGUGCUGCUCAGGUUGAUGAGUUUGCACGUCAUUUGUUUACUAUUAUGUGGGGAUUGGAAAAGGUUGAGACUUGGGCUGUGAGAACAGGAGACCAGGUUUCUGUUGCAUACUAG